AUGGAGACCGAAAGACUUCUCAAAGAACAAGAAAAAAACUUCGCAAAAAUAACAAGCGCAAAUAUGAAGAUUUUUACUGAAAGGUUGGAUAAAUUAGAACUCGAUCUAUCUACAAACAAAAUAAAAACUUCUAAUAUCGAAAAGGACGUAGAAGAAAUAAAAGAGAGUCUUAACUUCCAAGAAGAGUUAACUAAACAAAAGAUUGCAGAAAUAAAUAAACGGACAGAAAGUGAAAUUAAACAUCUUUAUGAGCAGAAACGUUUUGAAUCUAUAAAAGAAACAAAUGCCAUUAAAAACAUAAGUGAGAAACUGGUUGAUCUCGAAAAUCGUUCACGAAGAAACAACCUGAGGAUUGAAGGUGUAAAUGAAUUACCUGGUGAAACCUGGAAUGACUGUGAAAAAAUUGUGAAAGAUAUCUUUUCAAAAAAAUUAAAAAUCCCGAACGAAAUAAUAAUUGAACGAGCUCAUCGUUCAGGUCCAAAAAAAGUAGAUUUUGCUAAAGAAACAAUCGAAACGCGAAAAAGACUCUGGGGUGAAGUAUUAAACUUACGUAAAGAAGAUUGCAUCUUAAAUGAAUUCUCAGAUCCCGACACUAACUAUUAUUGUGAUUUGCUCAGUGAUUGUUCAUAUUAUUAUCCAAGUGAAUUAGCAGAGUUUCUUUUGAAGGAUAAUGUAAAAGCAAGCGAUAAAAUUAAAAUUCUUCACGUAAAUAUUAGAAGCUUAAAUCGCAAUUUUGAAAAUCUACUUAAUUUAUUAGAAGAAACUAAAAAUAUUUUUGAUAUACUUUGCUUAACAGAAACAUGGAUAACUAUAAAUGACCUAAAAAAUAGUUCAAAUUUUAACCUUCCUUAUUUUAAAUUAAUAUCUCAAGAUAGCUUAAUCGAUAAGUAUAAAAAUAACUCCAAACGUACAUGGGAAAUAAUAAAAGAAAUAAGCGGAAAACAAAAAGACUGCUCAGGUUUCCUUCCCCAGGUCAUCAAGGUUGAUAACAGAAUCAUCUAUGAACAAAAAGAAAUAGCUUGCGAGUUUAAUAAUUUUUUUGUUAAAAUUGGUCCUGAACUGGCCAAUAAGAUUCCAAAGACGCAGGCUAUAUUUAGUGAUUUUCUAGUACCGAUGACUGAUUGCAUUACGUCUGGAGAGUUGUCUUCUAAAUUAUCAUUUGAAGAAUUUGAAAUAGCAUUUAAAACUCUGAAAAAAAAUAAAGCUACUGGAGCAGAUGACAUUAAUUGUAAUAUAAUUCUAAACUGUUUCGAACAAUUAAAAGAUAUUCUCUUUAAAGUUUUUAGCGCAUCAAUUAAUCAAGGAAUUUUUCCUGAACAACUUAAAAUUGCAAAAAUUACCCCAAUUUUUAAAGAAGGUGAUAGGGCUAUUAUUAGCAACUACCGACCCAUUUCUAUCUUACCUAUAUUUUCAAAAAUAUUAGAAAGAAUUAUGUAUAAUAGAGUCUAUGAUUAUUUUCAAUGCAAUAACCUACUAUAUAGCAAUCAAUUUGGCUUUAAAAAGCACAACUCCACGGAACAUGCAAUCAUUCAAUUUGUACGCAAAAUUUCAAAAUCCUUUGAAAAUUCCCAAUACACACUAGGUAUCUUCAUUGACCUAUCUAAGGCUUUUGAUACAGUAGAUCACACUAUAUUACUGCAUAAGCUUAAAUAUUAUGAGAACAUUCUUGAGUUAUCAACUUUUCCUCAGUAA